AAUUUAAUGAGAGCCCUCAAAAUAUUAUUUUUUUACCAACCAACAAUCGAAAGCUAAAUAAAAUAAAUAAAGCUAACUAAAAAGUCAUUUAGAAAAAACACUCUAUAAUUGUAUGUAAAAAAUUAACUAAGUGGGAAGUUUCUAUAAAUAGAGAAGCAUCCACCUCGGUUCUUAGAUAUCAUUUCUCAAGGUUGUUUAUAAUCACAUUCUAAUGACCAAAAAGUGAAGAGUAUAUAUUAAGAAUGGCUUCAACUGGUCUAAAACGUAAGCUAGAAGGUGAAAUAGAACUAAGAGUUGGUGCAGCUGAUGUAUUUCAUGAACUUUAUCGAGACAAACCACAUGAAAUUAGCAACAUCUACCCUGAAUUUGUCCAAGGUUGUGAUUUGCACGAUGGUGCUUAUGGUACUCCUGGAUCCAUCAUCUAUUGGAGAUAUACUCUUGAUGGAAAGGCUCAAGUUGCAAAGGAAAUAAUAGAAAUGGUGGAUGAGAAGAACAAGAAGAUAAGAUUCAAAGUGAUAGAAGGGCAUUUAUUGGAUGACUAUAAUUCCUUUGUAUUUGUUUCUCAAGUGAUAUCUGAAGGUGAUGAACUUUGUCUAGUCAAAUGGACACUUGAGUAUGAGAAGAAGCAUUCUGGCAUUCCUGAGCCAUCUAGUUUUAUGGAUCAACUUAUUGAUUCAGCUAGAAGAAUUGAUGAACAUCACCAUCGCCAAAACAAAAAUUAGACUUUCUAAAAAAUCGCCUAUUUCUUCAUUUUAGUUUGUUAGUUCGAGUUUAAUGAAAAUACUCUUACGUAGUUUUGUUAAAUUAGAAUGAAUAAAAAAUAAAGGAAUAUCGUGUAUCAUGGGUUUUGUUUCUAUGUUACUACAAAAUAAGGUAUUUGAAUACCAAAAAAUGUGUGUGAGCUAGAUGAAUGGAUGAAAUGCAUAAAUUAUUGAUGAUUAAAAAUAAAAAAAAUGUAUGAACUAAUGAAAUAUUUGUACGUUAUUGUGUGUUUGUAAUGUUAAAUGAAUCAAUGUAAAAUUGUUGUUUUCUUU